AUGACGCUGCCAGAUGGAGGCAGCGAUAAGGUACGCCUGCCUGAUGCGAUGUGGGUACUCAUCUGUGUGUUCCCAUCUGUUCUGCGAUCCCCAGGAGGUCAGUCGUCUCCUGAAGGAGAAGUUGCGCGCUGAGCGGGAGGAGAGGGCCAAGAAGGAGGCCCUACUCGAGCAGGUUGGACCGAGAGGGAAGGCGGGCCAAUGGCUGCCAAUGACCUCUGCUGCCCUGUCUUUCAGGAGCUGUUGCGUGUGUGCCGGGAGAAGUCGGAGAUCAACAAGAUAAGAUCAUCGACUUGGACACAUGCCAAUCUGAAUGCCCGUGUGGUGUGCGUGCAGGAGCUGGCGGCCAUGAAGGAUGACAACAAGAACCUGCUGGACAAGCUUCGCAAAGUGUUGGUACGCGCCACACACUCACUCACACACGUGUCUGUCCGUCCGUCCGUCCGUCCGUCUGUGUGUUGGUGUGCGUGUCGUGUGUUUCAGGGGGGAGUACAUUUGCACCAAGAGCGAUAUAUAUUCAUUCGGGCUGAUGAUCUUGGAGUUACUAGUAUAUGAGGGAUAUCAGGUACGCAGGAAAGCGAGAUCAUCUGAUCAAACGGAUCUCUCAGAUACACGUGACUUGUCUGUGUCUGGGUUAUCUGACCUACGUCUGCAGAAGGGCUUGCCCGUGUUUAGUUCGGUCGAGGCCGUCGUGGCUGCCGCCACCGCGGGCGGCAAAUGGCCAUUGGAAGUCGCCAGGGUGCUCGCCGAGGCCGCCUUCAGGUCAGGGCAACACUCACUCACACAGAGUGCUCCUGUACACAUAUGACAUACGUAUGUUUCAACUGUAUGAAUGCCUCUCUCGUCCAUGCAGAUACCUGGAGGCCCAGCCCUCUGCGCGUCCGACCGCUGCGGAGCUCCUCUCGGAGAUCUCGCGCGUGAGGACGCCGGAGGGCCUCAACGGCCCGUCCAAGCUGCGCCCAAAGAAGCAGCAGCCGCAGCAGCCAGAGAAGGGGGCCGACAAGCCCCCACUGGCCCAUUGUCGCGCCCAGGCCGCGCCGCCAAAGCGCCCCCAGCCACUGCCUCACCGCCCAGCUGCCAAGGCCCCCCCAGCAGCACCAAAGGCCAUCCAAGUGAUAGCCAAGGCCAAGGCUCCGCCGGCUGCUGCCAAGGCCCCCCCAGCAGCAGCCGGGGGGGCCACCACGCAGCCACCACCGCCACCAUCGGCAGCGGGAGGGCGACGGCCCGCCAAGAGGGCUGGCGACCAAGGGGGGAAAGCGGCAGCCCUGAGACAGCCGGCCGACCGUGUGGGUGCGAGGGGAGGGGAGGUCAAGGAAGCGGCAGGAGGCACGCCCGCAGAUGCCGCCGAGGCGGCGCGCAAGGCCGCUGCGCGACGCCUCGCGACACGUCGGGGAGAGGGCAAGCCGGGAGAGCAGCCGAUGGACCGCAGGGGGGCCAAGGCGAGAGGGGCAGGGACACGUGCUGCUCACUCGCGACGGGACGGCCAAGAUAUCCGACCUCGGCCUGGCGCUCACCGUGGCGCCCAAUACACGUAGGAGGGAGGGACUCGAAUGCACCAUUCCAUUCAUACGCACCCGGACAUGUACGUGUGUAUGUAUGUAUGUGUGCUUUUGUACAUGCAGGCCGCCUUUUGACUAAGCCUCGUGGCACGACGGAUUUCAUGGCGCCCGAGGUGCAAAGGUCAGAUCAUACCCACACACACACACAUGGCAGACAAGAGCCACUCAUAUAUGUCUGCCUGCCUGCGUGUCUGUCUGUCUGUCUGUCUGUCCGUCCGUCUGUGUGUUGUGUGCGUGUCUGUCGUGUGUUUCAGGGGGGAGUAUAUAUGCACGAAGAGCGACAUGUACUCGUUCGGGUUGAUGAUGUUGGAACUACUUGUGCAUCAGGGAUAUCAGGUACGCAGGAAAGCGAGAUCAUCUGAGCAAACAGAUUUCUCACAUACACGUGACUUGUCUGUGUCUGGGGUAUCUGACGUACGUCUGCAGAAGGGCCUGCCCGUGUUUAGGUCGGUCGAGGCCGUCGUGGCGGCCGCCACGGCGGGCGGCAAAUGGCCAUCGGAAGUCGCCAGGGUGCUCGCCGAGGCCGCCUUCAGGUCAGGGCAACACUCACUCACACAGAGUGCUCCUGUACACAUAUGACAUACGUAUGUUUCAAUUGUAUGAAUGCCUCUCUCGUCCAUGCAGAUACCUGGAGGCCGAGCCCUCUAAGCGUCCGAUCGCUGCGGAGCUCCUCUCGGAGAUCUCGCGCGUGAGGACGCCGGAGGGCCUCAAUGGCCCGUCCAAGCUGCGCCCAAAGAAGCAGCAGCCGCAGCAGCCAGAGGAGGGGGCCGACAGGCCCCCACUGCCCCACCGUCGCGCCCAGGCCGCACCGCCAAAGCCCGCCCAGCCACUGCCCCACCGCACAGCUGCCAAGGGCCCCCCCAACAGCACCAAAGGCCAUCCAAGUGACAACCAAGGCCAAGGCUCCGCCGGCUGCUGCCAAGGCAGAGACAUCGCUGUCUUCAUUAUAUCCGUGAGAGUCCCGUACAAACGAAUAACGAUGCAGUGGAUGGACAUGAGAAGGUAGGGGAGUGGCGAGAAAGAACCAUCUUCAUGGAUCUCGUUGGUGUGUGUGAGGCUGCAGAGCAUCAUGUCACGACGAGCCACGUCUACCAAAUCAGAAGGAAGCGUUAAGGCCUGGUAGGCAGUAAGCUUUUCAAUCAUAGUGGAUGUCAGCCCGUCUGUCUGUCUGUCUGUCUCUCUCUCUCUUCGGCAGAGGCAUCGCUGUUUACAUUUUAUAUCGCGGUCGGUCCUGUGCUUCAUCAAAGAUCGCUGCCACCCCCUUUGGCGUACUACCGGCCGCCCAAGCCCGCCGGUCAGGCCAUCGUGUCCCCGGACCGAUCGAAGACCCGCCCCACCGCCGACAUCCGCGAAAUCAUGGAGGCCCGUCGGGAGUGUUCGAGGUUGGGCUGGCGCCCUGUCAAGCCGCUGCCGCAGCCAAAGAAGAAGCCCCCCCAGCCGCCCGCACUGUGGCCGACCGGCCUGGUGCCCCGCCGCCUGUGGGUCUACAAGACGCCAGAGCGGCGCCGGGCGGGCACCACCAUCCGCCCAACAGCAGCACCGGCACCGGCAGUGGCGCAGCAGCAGGCGCCACGUGUCGUGGUCUUGCCCACCGCCACUGGACGGGCGGACGACUACAGGAGGGGAUGCGCCAACAAGAGGCGCCGUAUCGCGUGACGAAGGGAUGUAGGUCAAUGAUGGGGGCACUGCAACUGCUGUGCGGCAGGGAUUCCGAGACCUGCCAACACCAGCAACACUCCGACCCUCCUGCGGUUUUUGGGUGUGGGUGCAUGUCUGUCUGUCUGCCUGGCUGGCUGGCUGGCUGCUGUGUUUUUUUUUUCUCAACAACAUCAGUACGUGAUGGAUGGAUGGAUGGAUGUCAGAUGGGUGGAGAGGGCAACAAGGGGGGGCUGUGUGAUGUGCGUGCCGUGGAUGUUCUUUUUCUCCUGUGUGCCUGUCUGUCUGCCCGUACCCGUACCCGUACCCAUACCCAUACCCGUACCCGUUGUGCGUUUUUUUUUUUGUCGCUUUGUCGUCGUGUGUCGCGUGGGCGGGCAAUUUAUGAUGGUGUUAGGGGGGAGGGCUAUUUCUCGUUGACUAGGCGGCUGUGUCGUGUCCCCCUGUUUGUGAUAUUUUUGCCGGUUUGCUGUCUGGCCUUCUUUAGUCGAUUUAUCAAUCACCAUGCCCAAAUACGUACCCCCCCCCCCACACACAAACACACAUACACACAUAGAUGAUUGUAUAGCUUGAGGGAGAGUGUACAGUAUCAUGGAUGUGGUGUCCAUGGAGGCAGAGGAGGGCAACGGCGCAAAACUCGUGUGGGAGGAGCAAGAUAUGAGACCCACACGGUGGGGGUCACCUCUUAUCUCUUGUCGUGCUCCCAUGGAUGUCACGUGUGUGUGUCUGCAGCUGGUCGUCGGUUCGUGCCAGGCCAUCGACUGCAGUGCGUAGGGAUGUCGAGACCUGCCUACACCAGCACCACUCUGGCCCCCGACAGUUGUGUUAGUGGUGGUGGUGGAGGCUACCGACUGUUGUGUGUUAGUGGGGGUGGGGGGAGGGGGGGAGCCAAGUGCGGUGGUGUGGGUGCAUGUGUGUCUGUCUGCCGGUGUGGUGGUCUGGGCUGCUGAUUGUAUGUCUGGCGUGUGUCUCUGUGUGUGUGUCUGUGUGUGUGUCUUGGAGUACUUAACGUUGUAAUGUACAUAUGUCUGUCUCUACGUAACACGACGUCAUCGACGUAAUUGCUGCCCUCACUGUGUGUCGCCUCCCUGCCUGCCUGGAUGGAUGGAGGGCUUUCAUGUAAGGGAGUACUUAACGGCGUAAUGUACAUAUCUCUGUCUCUACGUAACAAGGUGAGUGGAGAAAGGGCGGGAAAAGGGGACCCGUGACAUGGCGUGUAUUCUCUCUCUCUCUCUCUGUGUGUGUGUGUGUGUGUGUGUGUGCAGCGACAGCGGUGCGGCGUGUGCUCACCAGGUGGCUGCUGUGGGUGCUUACGGCAGAGGGAGGAGGGCCCUCCUCGGAUGGCUGUCUACAUUUUAUAUCUGCAAGGCUCUAUGGACAUCAUCCCUCGAACAAUGCAUCGCCCGGUACGGAGAGCAGCCAUGCCAUCCAUGCACACCCUGCUCAUGUGUCUCACGUCCGUCGUCAGCUAGUGCAACAAGUUCGCCACUCGCGGACCCCAGCAAGCGGCCAUCCGGCAGCGCCACGCACAGCGUCGUCGGACAUCGGAGGCGAG